AUGACCUUGUUUGUAAAAUUAGUUAAAGCUCAAUAAUAGAAGUGGAAAAGGGUAAUAAAAAUUUUAUUUAAUUUUAAGAAAAAAAUAGUCAUAAAAUAGAAAAAAUAUCCAAUUAAAAUCCAAAAAAUAUACAAAAUUAGACAAAAUAAUAACCAAAUGAAGUCCCAAUUUAUUAAUUUAUCAAAAGUAAUGAGAGUUAGAUGUAAAAUAGUGAAAGUUAAAUAUUAAUAAUUGUAGAAAAUACUAAUUCAACUGAGUAAGAAUCUUAGGUUUUAUCAGAUAUUAUAAAUAUUGAUUCUGAUUUAGGAUUGA